CUGAAGAAGCUCAGUUUUGUGGAAUUGGUAGUGUGACUUCCUGACUUUUUAAAGACCACUCACACGUUAAAGAAUAAGGUUCGUUUCAGAUGACUUAUCUCUAAAUGUCAUCUUGGCCGAGUGAAGGAUGGGAAGUACUUUUAGCAUCCUGAGACAGCUUAGAUCCUCCAAAGAUCACCUGGGCACAGAAAAUGGGUUUGCAGGCAACAGCUUAUCUCUGAGGGGUGCCUUGGGAUCUGAUGAACACGUGUUAGGCCCUCCAAAUCCGGAUAAAGAUAUUGCCAUUGCUCAUUACGACUUUCAGUCACUGAAUGAUCAUGACCUGUCAUUUCAAAAAGGGGACAAACUUAAGAUUCUCCAUGAGAAUGGGGACUGGUGGCUCGCAAAGUCCUUAGUCACUGGAGAGGAGGGUUACAUUCCCAGUACUUAUGUGGCUAAACUGGAUACUUUGGAUGUGGAAAGGUGGUUCUUCAAACAUAUGAGCCGAAAAGAUGCCGAGCGUCUGCUUCUGGUCCCAGCAAACAAAGUUGGAUCGUUUUUAAUUAGAGAAAGUGAAACAACCAAAGGAGCCUUCUCUCUGUCAAUCAAAGACAUGGUGCCUGGCGAGGGGAGUGUUGUGAAGCACUACAAAAUACGUUCUCUUGACAACGGUGGCUUCUAUAUUGCUCCAAAAGUUACUUUUCCAUCCUUGCAGGAACUGGUGAAGUAUUAUUCAAAGACAGCUGGUGGUUUGUGCCAGCAACUGACUGUGCCCUGCAAAUCCAUCACUCCUCAACAGCCGUGGGAAAAAGACAACUGGGAGAUUCCUCGAGAAACGCUGAAGAUGGUGAAGAAGCUGGGUGCAGGCCAGUUCGGUGAAGUGUGGAUGGGCUACUACAAGAACACCCAGAAGGUGGCCAUCAAGACCCUGAAGGAGGGCAGCAUGGAACCGGAGGCCUUCCUCCAGGAGGCCAACCUGAUGAAACAGCUGCAGCACGACAAGUUGGUUCGCCUGUACGCCGUCGUCACCAAGGAGCCCAUCCUCAUCGUCACGGAGUUCAUGGCCAAUGGAAGCCUUCUUGACUUUCUUAAAACAGAAGACGGAAACAAGCUGCAGCUUCCCAGACUGAUAGACAUGGCAGCACAGAUUGCAGAAGGGAUGGCCUAUAUUGAAAAGAAAAAUUAUAUCCAUAGAGAUCUACGGGCAGCAAAUGUACUUGUGUCCGAAGCUCUUCACUGUAAGAUUGCAGACUUUGGUCUUGCUAGGAUCAUUGACAAUGAGUACACAGCACAGGAAGGAUCAAAGUUCCCCAUCAAGUGGACUGCUCCAGAGGCAAUCAACUUCGGCACCUUCAGCAUCAAAUCGGAUGUGUGGUCUUUUGGCAUCCUUCUCACAGAAAUUGUAACAUAUGGCCGGGUGCCCUAUCCAGGUAUGAGCAACCCAGAGGUUGUGAGGAACCUGUCCAGAAACUACCGAAUGCCAUGUCCAGACAGCUGCCCCUAUGAGUUGUAUGACCUCAUGCUGAAGUGUUGGAGAAACCAUCCGGAAGAAAGGCCCACCUUUGAGUACCUACAGGAUACUCUUGAGGACUUUUUCAUUGCAACUGAAAGGCAGUAUGAGGACCAUCCGUGCUGAUUUUGCACAAAUAUGUACAUUUUUAUGCUUUAUUUAUUUUUUAAUCAUCUUUAAGCUCCAAAAGAAAUACUUCUGCUAUUUUUACGAGAUAAACUUGGGUUUUAAAAUAUAAUUUUGAUUUAAAUUUUUCUUUAUAUUGCACCAUUUUCAUCAAAGGAUGCUUAACACAAGUUUUGAAAGCAAAGGAACAAAGAAGGACAUUGACUAAAUUUGAUAAGGUAUCAGCCAAAUCCAAAGAUAUUCUG